AUGCGGAAGCGCAUCAAGGCGCAGGAAGAAAGAGAUGUCAAGUCUGCGGCGCCGAACGAGCCGUCGACCACGCCCCUCCCGCAAUAUCUGCUAGAUCGUUCACAGGCCACCAACGCCAAAGCCCUGUCGAGUGCGAUAAAGGAUAAGCGGGCGGAAAAGGCGGCCAAGUUCUCCGUUCCGCUGCCAAAAGUGAAGGGCAUCAGCGAGGAGGAAAUGUUCAAGGUGGUGAAGACCGGAAAGAAGACGGCGAAGAAGAGCUGGAAGAGAAUGAUCACGAAGCCUACGUUUGUGGGGAGUGACUUUACGCGGAGACCGGUCAAGUACGAGCGGUUUAUUCGGCCGAUGGGAUUGAGGUAUAAAAAGGCGAAUGUAACGCAUCCGGAGUUGGGGGUGACGGUGCAGCUACCGAUUAUCAGCGUCAAGAAGAAUCCGCAGAGCCCAAUGUAUACGCAGCUGGGAGUGUUGACGAAGGGAACGAUCAUCGAAGUCAAUGUGUCGGAGUUGGGGUUGGUGACCGCCGGUGGGAAGGUCGUUUGGGGAAAGUGGGCACAAAUUACAAAUAAUUGUGAGAAUGACGGAUGUGUGAAUGCGGUCCUGCUCGUCUAG